AUGCUGCUGCCCGUUUGGGUGGUUUUGGUAUUUGCUGGCCUGAUUCAGGCGCAGCUAACUAGUCGAGCACAAGCUGAUCAGAUUUCUACACUUCCCGGAACUAUUUUUCAGGUGAGAAGAUAAUGGGAGAAGAGUUUUUGGAGGAAAAUUAAUUCUGAAAAUUAUUAUUCUGAAAAUAUUCUUGUGACCUUCAGAACAUUUUUAUAAUUUAAAGGGACAUUGAAAUUUCAUAAACUGAAAGCAAUUUUAAAAACUGAAUUUCGUUCUAAAAUUUUUAAAUCAACAUUUUUUGAAGUUCAUUAAAAAAAAUGUCCAACAAUUUUUUUCAGAAUCAAAAAUGAAAAAUGAUAUCCGAUUUUUUAAUUUUUUUAAUGAACUGAAACGAAAUUUCAGAUUUUUUCAAAAUCUGAAAUAUUCCAGAAAAGUCUGAACCAUCCAAACUUUCUGAAGAUCAUUUUUUAUCAAGAAUCAGCAGCCCUAUUUGUGUUGAUCAAAGAAACGUUUUCCAGGUGUCAUUCAAUCAAUAUUCGGGUUACCUAAACUCCAACACAAAAACUCCAAACAUCCGUCAACUUCACUAUUGGUACAUCGAAUCUCAGAAAACACCAAUCAAUGACUCGCUGAUUCUUUUCAUCAACGGUGGACCUGGUUGCAGUUCAGUGUUUGGACAUUUUGAAGAAAUCGGGCCAUUCCGAGUUUCCGCUGAUAAUCAAACACUUUAUGAGAAUGUUUUUGCUUGGAAUAAGGUUUGUUUGUGGUCUGUGCGGAAAAAGAGAAAAUGAAACAGUGAUCAGAGUUCUUCAUAGUCAGAAAUCAAUUUCUGGUCUAUUCGUGUCUAAUCGACUUAUGUAUAAUUGAUGUAAUCUUUGAAAAAGCAACAAUCAUCUUUUUUGUGAUAACAGAACGCCGAAAGGCAAAUCGUAAAAUUUUUUUAUAUUUGUCAGCAAGACGAAGCAUUUUUGGCAAAUUUUAUGUUUAUUUUUUUUUUGAGGGAGAGGUUUUGAGUUUUAUUUGCAAUGAUAGGAAUGGGAAAGUCUGUCUGGAAAAUGCUUUAUUGCAAAAUUGAUAAAUCAGGAAAUCAGAAAAUCAAACGCAAAUUCAAGCGGGGCAAAUACAGAAACUACGGAAGACUAAAAAUGAAAUCAACGGCCCGCAAUAAAAUGUAGAGGGCCAAAAUUUGAUCUACAAGAAUCCAGAACUUUACACCAGAUUCAUGGUUACUGUGGCUUGAAUUUUGGUUUCAGAUUAAAAAAUUUUCAAACAUUUACAUUCAGAUAUUUUUUCAAAUUCAGAAUUACUGUAGCUCAAAUUUUGGAAAAAAAAUCUCGUGGAAUUCAGGAUUUUUUUUUCAAAAUUUAUGAUCGCGAAAUCAAACAAUUUUCAAAAUAAAACUUCAGAAAAAAAUCCAAUAAAAUGUUUCCAGGUCUCCAACAUUCUUGUAAUCGAUGCACCAAACACUGGUUUCUCAUUCGGAGAUGAAGACACAGUUCAAAGUGACGAAUAUGUCAGUACAGCUCUUCUCAACGCGCUCAUCGAUUUUUAUACAGUCUAUCCUGGACUCGUCAACAAUGAUUUGUAUAUUGCUGGAGAGGGUUAUGCCUCAUUCUUCUCUUCUACUAUUUUCGAAUCACUUUUGAUUAAUAGCACACCAAGAACCGAUGUUUUGAGCACACCAAUUCGAGCAAGAGGAUUGAUUUUGGCGAAUGGUGUUUUGAGUGCACAAUUGCAAUUUAACAGUAUUUUACCGUAUUUGUAUACACAUGCUUUCGCUAGCAAACGGUAAAUUUUUAGAGAUGUGUAUAUGUGAUACAGGAAAAUUCGAUUUUCAGACAAUAUGAUGACUUGAAAAGCGUUUGCUGCCCAGGAAAUUCAACACUGACUUGUGAUUUUUACAAUGGUGGUGAUGUUUGUAGAUCAAAGGCUGUUCUUGCUCUCCAAUCUUGGUUCAAUACUCAGUGAGUGAAGAUUGAAACUUCAUAGGAAUUCUUCUUUAAAAAAAUUUUCAGGACAAGCACUUAUGACAUCUACCAAGAUUGCUAUCGCUCUCAAAUUCUUCUCCAAUCCGCAGCCAAAACUCUUGGAAUCUCUCUCGCUGUUCAAAACAACUAUAACUCAAGUGAUCCAUUCAUUGGAUAUCCAUGCACAGCUGCUCUCUCAACAUUCAAUUAUUUGAAUCGAGCUGAUGUUCAAGCUGCACUUCACGUUUCACCAAACGUUGUUCAAGCAUUCCAGACUUGUAGACCACUUCAAUAUGGUGCAAUUUCUGAAGAUUUGUAUUUGAGGUUGACUUCGAUUAUGACAACUAAAAAUUAUGUGACAAAUAAUGCCAAGGUUCUGAUUUAUAAUGGAGAUUUGGAUACGGUUAAUAAUUUUAUUGGAGCUCAACGAUUUGGGGAACAACUUGCAAAUGGAUUGAAAUUGAAUGUAAGAUUUUGUUUUAAAAAUUCGGAACAGCUUUCUUGAAUUUAUUCUUCCAGAAAACCGAAGAUCGAAUCUGGCGUCACAAUUACGAUUCUGCAUCUUUUGAAUGGAUGGACGGUGGAGUUAUCACAAGUUAUUCCAGCAAUCUUCACGUCGCUUCAAUCCGUGGAGCCGGACAUUUUGCGCCACAAAAUCGUCCAUCUCAAACCCUCCAACUUUACCGCGAUUUCGUUCUCGAUCUCUAUUUCAAUAAUUGCUUGAGUCAAGUGAACAAAGUUGCCGCUCCACUUUUACCAGCUUAUCAACAACAAGUUGAUACUGCCGCUAGAAAGAGUGCAGAUAAAAUUCAAAAUCUACCCGGACUCACUUUCCCAAUCAAUUUCAAUCAAUAUUCGGGAUAUUUGAAUGCGUCGUCUACUCAUAAAUUCUUCUAUUGGUUUGUUGAAUCACAAAAUGAUCCGGCAAAUUCUCCAGUUUUAUUAUGGCUUAAUGGUGGACCAGGAAGUUCUAGUGUUUGGGGAAUGUUGACUGAAAAUGGACCAUUUCGACCGAAUAAAGAUGGACAAACUCUUUUUGAAAAUAUUCAUUCAUGGAAUAGAGUAAGUUUGCUAAUAAUCUGAAAUUCUGAAUCAAUCAAUAUUUUCAGUUCGCCAAUGUGCUCUACCUCGAAUCUCCCCAUCAAGUUGGAUUCUCAUACUCAACUACACCAAAUGAUUAUAUUUAUGGAGAUGAUCUGGUGAGCUCCAACCGACCUCAAAAAAAAACAAUUAAAAAAUUUUCUAGACCGCUAGUGAUAACUACAAUGCAUUGGUGGAUUUCUUCACCAAUAUUUUCCCAGAAUAUCAGAAAAAUCAAUUCUUUAUCACUGGAGAAUCGUACGGUGGAGUAUAUAUCCCAACUUUGUCCAAAUUAUUGAUUACUCAUAUUAGUGCUGGAGAUAUUAAUUUGAAUUUUAAGGUUGGUUGGGGGAAAAGGAAAACAAUCCAAAAAAAAAAUACACCGAUUUCGCAAUACCUUUCUUCAUUUUUAUUUCUUCCCUCUUUAUCUCUAACCAAAAUUAGAAAAAUAGUGGGAAAACAAGGAGAGGUUAAAGAAAUAGAGAAAAUGUUUUUUUUUUAAUAUGGACAUAUAUACUACAAACCUAUAUUUAAGGUUAAUUUUUUUUAUAAAACUAAACUUUUCUUAUAAAAAAAUUGAUUUUUUCAGGGAAUCGCAAUUGGAAAUGGAGAACUCACCACAAAACUUCAAGUCAAUUCAGUCAUUUUCCAACUUUACACCUAUGGUCUUGUUGGAGAAACGUAAGUCUUUAGCCAAAUAAAAAAAUGUUCCUGACCAUUCUGAAAAUUUCAGUGAAUGGAAUCAAUUGGUGGCUCAAUGUUGUAAAAAUUAUACAGAUCCAACACAAUGCGAUUUCUACACUCCAUACAUUUAUUUUGAUUAUCUUGGAAAUUAUCACGCUGUUGCUGGAGCGGAUCCAUAUUGUAGUAGCACGGUGAGUCUCAUUUCAAAAUUUUUGAAAAAUUAAAAUUUUCAAAUUUAUUCAGAUCUUGGGAAUUGCAAAUGAUCAAGUUUGGAACAGUUUGAAUGAUGCUUAUAAUAUUUAUCAAGAUUGUUAUGCAACAUCAACUUCGGCUUCAGGAUCGGAAACUGGAACUCAACAGAAACGAAGAGCUGCUACUGGAUUCAGGGAUAAUUCGGUGAGAAAAAUCUUCAGCUCAAAAUUAAUCUGAAUUUCCAGCGUCUUCUCAAUCUUGACUCAUCUGAUCCGUUUGAUGGAUUCCCAUGCUGGAAUGAUGCGGCUGUGUCGACUUAUUUGAAUCGUGCCGAUGUUCGAAGUGCACUUCAUGUUUCGAGUAGUGUUGGAACUUGGCAAUCUUAUAACCAAACCGUUAAUGAACAACUUUAUAAUCGUAGUUAUUUUGAACUUGAUGGUGUUCUCAAAUCAAUUAUUAAUUCCUAUUAUUAUCAACAAAAUAAUAUGGCAAUUUUGAUUUAUAAUGGAGAUGUUGAUAUGGUUUGUAAUCAUCUUGGAGAUCAAUGGUUGAUUGAACAACUUGCUCAAGAAGCUGGGCUCACGGUGAGUUUUGAUUUUCGAUAAAUAAUCUCAAACAAAAAAAAAGUUUUCAGAUUGUAUCACCAAGAUCCACUUGGAAUUACGUCAUCGCUGGUUCAAAUUACCUCCCCCAACUUGCUGGAUAUGUCAAAACCUUUUCGUCAAACCUCAAUCUUUUGACAGUCAAAGGUUCUGGACAUCUUGUUCCACAAGAUCGACCUGGUCCAGCUCUCCAAAUGAUUUAUAAUUUCGUCAAGGGAAUCAAUUUCAACACAACAUUCCCAUAUGCUUUCUCAGCUCAACCACUUCUCCCAGCAUAUUCUGAUAUCUCCAGCUGCCCAGCACCAUCAUAUCCAGAUUCGGUGACCCUCCCAACUCUCCCGCCACUUCCACCACUGCCACCAGGAUUCACAUAUCCACCAAUGGCUGCUGACAAAAAGGAGGAUUCAUCAAGAGCAAGUCGAGUGAAGAGAGAUACCACAACUCCAGUUUCUUAUGGAUAUUUGAAUACGAAUACUACUUAUCCAACAAAUUUGAGUGCAAAUGCGUUGAAUGAUUUGAUCUUGAGCUUGCCUGGAUUGACUUUUAAUGUGAGCUAUCGAAUGUUUUCGGGAUAUUUGACACCGCCUGAGAAACCGCAAAAUCAUCUAUUUUAUUGGUGAGUUAGAAAAUAGAAAAUUUUUAAUCCUUACAAAUAGAAUUCAUGCACUCUCCGAUUUUCUUGAAGAUCUCUGAAAAUUUUUUGUAAGCUCCAAAUAGUUCUCCUUUGCUCACCAAAAAAACCCUCUCGAUAUUCAUGAAUUAUAAAAAUAGUGGGAAGUGGAUCAAUAACAGGAAAUAAGGAAAUUGUUAUCGAAACAAAUUUUGGAAGAUAUUUCAAAUCUAUAGAUAAAAUUGAUGUUAAGAAAACAGUUAACGCUGGAAUAUGCAUAAGGAAUAAUGGGAUGAUAGUUUGUAAGAAUAACGCGUAGAAAAAUUCGAUUUGAUGCUUCUGAUUAACUUUUGAAAUUGUUUUGAGAAUCUCCAAAUUUUUGAUGAUUUUAAAACAACUUAUUCCAAAAUAUAAAAUCAUUAAAAAUGAAAUAGAAGUCACUGUGCAAUAAAUCACAGUUGGUUCGAGUAAAACAUCAUUAAAUCCGAGAAAUAUGAAAGAUCCUAUAAAGACAGUUUGAUUUAGCGAAACAUUGAACUUGUUUUUCAUAUCAUCUUGAAUCAAAUUCUGAAAUUCUGGGGUGACAUAACAAGAAGCAGCUGCAGACCAAGCAAAACCGGUUGUGAAUGGGAGCGAGAGCCAGAGAGAAAAUUUCCAGGUAUCAAAUAGUUGAUUUAGCAUUAUAGUAUUGCUGGAAGAGAGGAGAUUGUGAGAAGGGAGCGGGUGUUCCGAUUCAGAAACUUUUUACAAUUUUUGCACUUUAGUUGACUUUCAGUUGUUUUUUGAAUUUUGAAAAUACAACCUGACCUCGUUAUAAUUUUCUAGACAUUUUCAAAAAUUGUUUCACUCACCCACUAGCCACCAAAUAUCGAUAUAAAAACAACACCAAAAAGAAUCCCAUUGAUGAUCCAAAACAAGCAGUGUACAAAACUGAAAUCCCUCUCUCUCUCUCUCCAAUUUUCUCUCACAACAAAUCUUAACUCACCGAGCAAAUCAUGAAGAGCUUCUGGUGUAAACCAAGUAUGAUUUGCAAUUUUUGUAAAAACAACAAAUGCAUAUUUGUAAGAGUGUAAUGUUGGAGAUGAGGAAUAUUCAAUCAAUCCAUAAAAUAUUUCAAAGAUGGAAAUUGUUAUGAUCAGUUUUUGAUAAGAACCGAAUGAUCUUGGAGAUUUAGUUCUAACUAGAUAAAUUAGAAUGGAGUUGUUUAGAAUGGAGCCAGAAAGAAUUAGGAUUUUUAGAAUUUUCAGAAUUAUUUCUAAAGAAAAGUCCAUUAUAGGGAUAGUAUUGUGAAAUGAAAUAACAUAUUAGAAUAUAUUUUUAUCCCUCGAGAUUAAUUACUAGGAAUGUACUUUUUCAAAAAUCAAUUAAAUGGCGUUUUUUUAAAGCUUACAAACAACAGGGGGAAAGAAUUCAGAGAAUUUCUCUAAUCUCAUGAAACCAAGUCAGAAAAAAAACAAAAACAACAAAAUUCCAGGUUCACUGAAUCACAAAACGACCCGGUCAAUGAUCCAGUUGUUCUUUGGCUUAAUGGUGGUCCAGGUUGUAGUUCUCUUGGAGGAUUUUUCACCGAAUUGGGACCAUUCCAUCCAAAUGAUGAUGGAGGCAAUACACUUUAUGAAAAUGUUUACUCAUGGAAUAAGAAGGCUAAUGUGAUUUUCUUAGAAGCUCCGGCCAAAGUUGGAUUUUCGUAUACCGAUGAUCCGAACUAUUAUUGGAGUGAUGAUACGGUGAGAUCUCUAGUUUUUGUGACCACCCACGAAGUUUUUUUUUGACAAAAAUCUUAUUUUCUGUCCGAUUCUACCACCCACGAAGAAAACAAUUCGAGACCACCCAGACUUUUUUGCAGACCGCUGAAAACAAUGGCUACGCAAUCCGCGCCUUCUUCCAACAAAACUUCCCCCAAUACGCUCAAAACGAAUUCUACAUCACCGGAGAAUCGUACGGUGGAGUCUAUUGUCCAACUUUGUCAUUGAACUUGAUUCAACAAAUUGAUGCGGGUCUUUUGAAUUUGAACUUUAAAGGAACAGCAGUUGGAAAUGGUAUUUUGAGUGAAUAUUUGCAAACCAAUUCUGAACUUAUUCUUCAAUACGGUCGAGGUUUUAAUGGUUUGGAGUGAGUUGAAAAAAUAUUUUUUUUUGAAUUUUUAUUCACUGCAAAAAAAAUAUUUUUCCAGCGAGUGGAACAGUUUGAAACAAUCUUGCAAUCUCACCAACUCUGAUCCAAUUUAUUUCGAUUAUUCAAACGCCAAUGGUGCAUGUGGUGCUGCUGUUGACGCCAACGGUGACAAAUUUUACGGAAUUGAUGAGGCCAAGUUAGAAUAACUCUCUUUCUUUUUUUCAAAUUUGUUUCAUUUUCAGCGGCGAUCCUUAUAACAUGUAUCAAGAUUGUUAUCUAUAUGAUCAAAACUUCAAUUGGAUUACCCCACAAAAAUCAAACAAAAAAUUGGGAGCUCGUGAAAGAGCGCACAACGCUUUGAAAAAUCGUAGAAAGUCAUUUGCUUCUAGCUCAUCAUCGGUGAAAUUCCAAAAUUCACAAGCAAACGCGUGGUAUGGAUCAACUGACGCAUUCAGAGGAUUGAAUUGUUUCUCGGGCGAUGCACUUGUUGCAUAUCUUUCAAGAGCUGAUGUUCAAACUGCGAUUCAUGCGAGAAAUCAGAAUCUUUGGGUGGAUUGUGCUGAUGAAAAUCCAGCGAAUAAAUGGAAUUAUCAUCUCCAGGAGAAAUAUUAUGAUAUGAGCAAUGUUUUAAAUGCGAUUAUGGAUUCGAAAUGGUAUACACAAAAUAAUAUGAGAUUGAUGUUUUAUAAUGGAGAUGUUGAUACGAUUUGUCAAUUCCUUGGUGAUCAAUGGUUGAUUGAGAAACUUGUUGUUAAACGUAACUUGACUGUGAGUUUUUAAUGGAUGAUUUGAGGGAAGAUUGUGGUAUGAUUUUCUUUUUUCACGUCGACCUAACUGCUGCAAUUUUGAGGGUGUACGGUUUUUCAGUUUUUCCACGAAGUAUUACGAGAAAAAAUCUCGAAUAUAAUUCAUGAAACUUCUUUAUUUCCAUAGAUUUGAACACGCUGAUCACGAAUAUGUAAUCAGUUUUCAAAAUGGUUCAGUAGUUAUUUUGUUUUUCACACCCAUUGCAGCAGUUUGUUCUUUAGUGGGUCGACGUGUUUUAUUUGAAAAUCACGAAACGUAAAAAAAAAAUUAUAAUCGGUUAUUGGGGGAACAAUAAAAAAUGAAAUAAAAUCCUAUGUUUUUUCCAUUCAUUUUUUUGCAUAGUAAAAAUGAUCGAACCAAAAAUUGUGGUCUGCCUUAUAUUAUCUAUCAUCGUACAUGUUAUUUCUUACAUCUUCAACGUUCUAAUGAUUAUCCUAAUUCAUAAAGAGCAUAUAAGAAAUGCCAAAAUUUAUAUAAUUCAUAUGAUUGCCUCAGAAAUUAUUCUCAAUUUUACUCAACAUUUUAUUGUUGAUGCUAAACUUUUUCAUUUUCUCGAAAAUUUAACGGACAUUGAACAAAAAAAUUCUACUGAAAUGAAAUAUAUAAUAGCUGUGAAUUGGGCUAGUUUUCAAAUCCGAUAUGCAAUUUUAUUAACUAUGGCAAUUCAUCGACUUUAUGUAGUGAUGUUUCCAUUGAAAAAAGAUCCUUUCACAUUUUCUCGAUUGAAUCUAACUUUCAUAUUUUUUUGGGUUUCUAUUUUCAUUCUUCAAUUGUUUAUAAGUCAAAAUAACAAUUGCUAUGUUAGCUAUGAUUCUAAAUGGUUCGCAGUCAGAAUGAAUUGUUUUGAAGAAACUAUUUCUAGUAUUUUUCAAAUUGCAGUAAAUAUCAAACUUAAAUUUGGACCAAUUAGUAUAAUUUUGAGUUUUUUAAUCAAUAUUUUGGCAUAUAUCUCGGUGAAAAUAAGACAAUGGAAGCAUAAUAAAAUUGAAAAUGUGUCGGUUGUCUGGAGAAAUUAUCGAAAAAUAAGAUGGAUCAAAGAAAAGUAAAUUAUCCCCUAAAUAAAUUUAUUGAUUUUCAGAAUUAAGAAUUUUUAUUUCAGAAAAUCAAUAUUACGAAAUUGUAUGAUAACUUUAUUUUUGCUUAUCAAUACGUUCUAUUUUGAGAUUUUUUCAAUUUAUGAGAAAUCUUCAUCAGAAAAUUCUUUUUUUGAAUGUAUGGCAGUAGUGUUUGGAUUUAUCGAUGUUUUCAGUCCAGACAUUCUGAACUUUUUGAUAUUCUUUGUACUAAACAGCGAAAUUCGCAAGAAAAUCAAGUUCUAUCUAUUGUCAAAGUAAACUUGUAGGUCAAUUAUUUUUGGGGGUAUGGAAAUGGAAGCUCAUUAAUUUUAAAUGAAUGAUUUUUGAAAACCAACUUUCUAUGAAAAGAUUGUAAUUUUAAAAGUUUCAGAUCCAAAAAAUUUUUGAUCUACACAACCCAAAAAAAUAUUGCAGGUAACCUCACCCCGUCAACAAUGGCUCUACCAAAGCUCAUCAUCUUACCAACCAACAAUCGCUGGUUACGCCAAAUCCUGGACUCAAAACCUUGUUCAACUCACAGUCAAAGGUUCCGGUCAUUUUGUCCCAAUGGAUCGACCAGCUCAAGCUCUUCAAAUGCUCACAAACUUCCUUUCAAAUCAAGCAAACUACAGUACUCCAGCCAAUAUUGAUGUCACACCAAAAUCAUUGAACACUGAAUAUCAAACUCCAGUCACUUGCACAACAUCGCAAUCCGAUCGAGUUAUUGGUUUGCCAGGAUUACCAACUGAUAUGACAUUCAAACAAUAUUCCGGUUUUCUUGAUGGUUUAAAGGGACAUAAAUUGCAUUAUUGGUUGAUUGAAAGUGAAAAUGAUCCAGCUAAUGAUCCAUUACUUCUUUGGUUGAAUGGUGGACCGGGAGCUAGUUCUUUGAUGGGAUUAUUCCAAGAAAACGGGCCGUUUAGAGUUAGCAAAGAUGGAUCAACUCUUUCAAGAAAUCCUUAUUCAUGGAACAAAUUUGCUAAUAUUCUGUUCCUCGAAAGUCCUGUCGGAGUUGGAUAUUCUUAUUCCAGUGAUGGAGCCGCAAUCACAUAUGAUGAUAAUACAGUAAGAAUUUUCAUCAGCAAUUCAUUAAUUUUAAUUUAAAAAUAAUCACAUUUCAGACUGCUUAUGACAACUACGCAGCUUUGAAAAACUUCUUCCUUGCCUACCCUCAAUAUACAACUCAAGACUUCUACACAACUGGAGAAUCGUACGCUGGCGUAUAUUUGCCAUCACUUGCUAAACUGUUGGUGCAAGGAAUUAACUCGAAAGAUAUUUCGAUUAAUUAUAAGGGUUUGGCUAUUGGAAAUGGUGUGAUUGACAAGAAUACGGAUAUCAAUUCGCUUUUCCAUUAUCAAUAUUAUCAUGGAGAUAUUACUUAUACGUGAGAUUUUGAAGAAUUCAAGAAUUAGUUCCAAAAAGUCGAUACGAAAAAAUUUGAAACUUCCAGAAUUUUUUUAAAAACCCCUGGCAAAAAAAUGCAAUUAUUGAAAAUUUUGCGAUUUGCGAGCUAUGAAAAAUUAGUUGAUAAGCUCUAAAAAAAACUAUGCCUGAAAAUUGGUUAUGUAAAUUAAUUCUGAAAACGGAACUCAGCGACUUAACUGAUUUUCCAGAACCUAUAAAACCGCAAUGGAUCUUUGCUGCACUGGCGACGAAUUCAAUUGCCAACUAAGCGAUCACAUUUACGUCAACAAUAAUUCAAUUCCAUGGGGAAAUGCCACCGAUGCCUGCUAUCUUUAUGUCAGUUUCACGCCAUCUUCCUAAAAAUCUUCCAAAAAAAAUAUUUUCCAGGUUGUUCAAUCUGGCUAUCAAACACUAGCCGCCUCAUUCGAUCCAUAUAAUCUUUAUCAACAAUGUUGGACAAUUCCAACAGUUCAAAAUGUAACUGGAUAUGGUGAAACAUGGACUGGAAUCAAUUAUGAAUCUUCUGAUCCAUUUGGAGGAUAUGCUUGUUAUAUGGAUAAUGCUAUGGAGACUUAUCUUAAUUUGCCAACGGUGCGAAAGGCUUUGAAUAUACCGGAUAGUGUUGAAUAUUUCUUUGUUAAUAAGUGAGUUUUGCUCGAUUUUUUUUCAAAAUCUCUGAAAAUCACAAUUCAAUUUUCAGCCUCAUCAUUAAUGCCUACAAUCAGCAAAUCAAUUCAGCCACAGAUAACUUCAAUUACGUCAUUCAAAAGUGAGUUUUGCAUCUGAAACAUUUGAAUUUUAACAAUUUUCAGCACCCCGCAAAACUUCAACAUUUUGCUCUACAGUGGUGAUGUUGACACUAUGGUUAACUGGCUUGGUGCGGAAAUGUACACAUCAGAUGCGUUAACAGGGGCUCUGGGACUUACCCGAACUCAAGAACGUACUUCAUGGAUUUAUCAAGUUGACCCAAUUUAUUAUCAAACUUUGGGAGGUUAUCAGACUAAAUACCAAAGUCAGAAGACCAAAUUUGAUGUUUUGACUGUAAAGGUAACUAAUUCCAGAUUAAAAAAAACAUAUUUUUUAUUAUCAAACUUGUGAAUUUCAGGGAUCUGGACAUUUGGUACCAUUGGAUAGACCUCAACAAUCUCUUCAAAUGAUCUAUAACUUCAUCAAACAACGUGACUACAGUACACCAUUUGAUUUAUCCAAUAAUGUAGGAUCUACUACUAAUGCUCCAGCAACCACAACACCAGGAACCCCAGUUUCAACAACUCAAGGAUCUGGAAGUGUUACAACUACAACAGUUCCUGCAACAACUCAAGCUGGAAAUUCUUUGAAUAUUUUGGCAGCAUUUGUUGUAUUUAUUUUGAAUUGGAUUUUGUAA